AGCUGUCUCUUGCUCAGCGGUCCCUCCCGCCGUUUAUCCCAACGAUCGCACGUUCAAGUGCGACGUUGAUACCACUAUCCUCCAGGUCACUGCUUCGGAGCUGGUCCAGAGGGAUAACGCCAAGUAGUCCCUGGAAGCGUGGCCCAAAUCGGCUGUUUUCGAGGGAGCGUUCAAGAAGGUUGAGUCCGCCGAACAACAGUCCAAGAUUUUCACUGUGCAGUUCUCUGGGCCCAUUGCGGUGGCGUGCACGAUUGUCCAGCAAGCUUUGGGCGCUCAAAGCUAAGAAAGGCUGGGCCAGGUUCUUGGUGCCCUCGGUGGAGCUUCCUUCUACGCAGCUGCACGUUGGUCUCGACAAGUCUCACCCCCAGAUCCGUGUGGAGAUUCAAGGCAAGAGUUGUGCGAACAACUUGCGGGGCGAGUUUGGCGACGAGCAGUUUCUCUUUGAUUAUAGCAACGGUUGGCUUUCGGAAAGCUGGACGUCCCUGCUUCGACUGGCUCCCAGUGCAGGCAGGAAACCGACGGUGGUCUGCUAGAGUGAGAGGGGCCUGGUGGAAACAAAACAGUUAUCCAGACAGCAGAUCUUGGGCCAAUCACCUCCACCGACGUCCAGCCUGAGUGGUGGUUUUGACAACUUCACCCACCUACAGCACAGUGCGCUCCUGGGGUCUCGGUCACCAAGGGUGUUUUCCAGUUCGGCACGUCGGAUGUUGGCUUCCAGUAUGUGGAAUGUGAGGGCUUUGCUCAGAUGGCGUGGAAUUGCGGCGUGGGAAAAGGCAGAUUAUUUUAGAUAGUGCGAAGUGGGUCGCGCCUUGAUGGCCGUCCAGGAAGCGCACCACACCAGGAUCAUAUCAAAGCUUGUUUUCCAGCGAGUCGCGGUGCUCUGCAGUACCAUGUCGCGUGACUCUUCGCUCGCUAAUGCUGCAAUGGCGACAGCAUUGCCUCUUUCUGACGAGGCUGUGAGGCCCGCAAGAGGGAUUAUUUUGGCCAGUGGCAGGGCGUUCAAAGCCACAGUGAAUACGGACAAGGUCGAUCUGCGCUAUUACAACAUCCACAACCGCGACAUAUCUCGCAGACAGGGCGCGCACAUCCUCCGCAGUCUUCGGCCAGGUACCGAGUGGGCACAGCAGGAUUCAAGGAGCUGUCUCCUGAUCGUGUCGGGGGACAUGAACUUUGCCUCCUGCAGCAAACUCGACCUACUUCAACAACAAAGGAAGAGUUCGCUCGGCAAACGCAACAACUCCUGCUGCUACGCUUCCAAGUGGAAGGAGGUUCUGGACUCGCUGGUGGAUCUCUCGACGGACAACUUGGCACAUUUAUGAAAGGAUACAGGCAAUGUUUCGUCAUUGGAUCGCGUCUUGACGUCGCUCCCGCCUGGCUGGUGUCAACUUUUUCAUGGUGCUUGUAAUGUCGGCAGAUUGACGCUAGUGGUAUAAUUUUAAUAUCAAUGUGGUUCGGCAUUAUUACGCUUCCGACCAGAUCCAAACCAACACCAAGACCAGUCACAGUCAUAGUCAUAGCGGUAUUAAGCAUACUGAUCAGACGACCUACUGAAUUGAAUGCACGAGUACCAGUUCUGGUCACAGGUCGCCCUUGGAUUCGCAAAGUUCGAAUACUGUGUACCC